GAGAAAAAUCAUCACAUUACACACUUUGGGUUUGUCACGCUGUAGGAGUCUAGGAUGUUGCGUUCAAAGAUGGAGUCCUUUGACAGAGUGUCCUUCAGGACCUGCAGUGUUUUGUUGUUCAUCAUUCUUCUGAUAGAGUCUGUUGGAGGUGCUGUCUCCUCGCCCAUCAUACAGGUUGUCUCAGAUAACAGUGACAGUGUGGUGUUUCAGUGUGAGUCUGAAGGCUGGUAUCCAGAGCCUGAGGUGUUCUGGCUGGACGGUGAGGGAAACCUCCUCACUGCUGGACCUACAGAGACAGUCAGAGGUCCUGAUGACCUCUAUACUGUCAGCAGCAGAGUGACUGUGGAGAAGAGACACAGCAACAACUUCACCUGUAGAGUCCAACAGAAGGACCCUCAACCAGACCAGAGACACUCACAUCCAGGUUGCAGCUGGUUUCUUCAUGGAUCAGUCCUCUUUGAUAGGGAUCGGGAUCUUCACCAUUGUUGUUUAUUCUCCUGUCUUGUUGCUUUUUAUUUUAAUACUGACACGGAAACUUUCUCAUUUUCAGAUGUUUUCCACGAAACCGCGGAAUCGGGGAGAAGCUGGGGAACGAAGAGAACGUGCAGACCAACGGAGAAAGGAAAAGAGAGAUGUAGAAAAAACAAUUCAGCUAUGGAAGACAGAGAAAAAACUUAAAAACAAACAUGACAUCAUUAAAGAAAAGAAGGGGAAAGAACAAAGUGAAAGCGGAGAAGACCGAGGAGCUGCAGAGGACACUUCAGUCAGUGAAGACGAUGGACAGAAAUAAGAUGCCCUCAUGAUACAGCAGGAAGAACUGUGGAGAUGAAACCUGAACUUCAGGAAGAGCAACACAGAGACAGCUGACAGUUUAUAACACAAUGCACGCUGCAAAGCAGUUUUUCAUACAAUGUGACUUUAAAAUAAACUAACAGAGAUUAUUAAAUCUGUUUUAAAGACAAAAGACAAGCAGAGGAACACGUCACCAGUGCAGCAAUGUGACUCGAUGACAAUGAAGCUCUGCGGCACAGAGGAAGAAGAAUUAUUUAUUAUUGUAAUACUUAUUUCAUCUGGUAGUUACUGAUUGCAUGUGAAUACAAAUCCGAGGUACUUGUACUUUA